GUAUUUUUUUUUCCCACCAACUUCCUUCCUGCUCCAACUGCCAAGGCUCGCGGCGGAGAGCGGCGCGCGGAGCGAAACCUCGGAGGCGGCUGGAGCCGGAGCGAGUGACCAUGACGGAGAAGACCCAAGAGCCUCACGUGGAGGAUGAUGAUGAUGAGCUGGAUGGGAAACUCAACUACAAGCCUCCUCCCCAGAAGACACUGCAGGAGCUGCAGGAGUUGGACAAGGACGAUGAAAGCCUUGCUAAGUACAAGAAGUCCCUGCUGGGAGAUGGGCCUGUAGUGGCAGAUCCAACAGCUCCCAACGUAGUGGUCACCCGACUUACCCUUGUAUGCGACUCUGCUCCAGGACCCAUCACUAUGGACCUUACGGGUGACCUUGAAGCACUCAAGAAAGAGACCUUUGUAUUAAAGGAGGGAGUUGAAUACAGAGUUAAGAUCCACUUCAAAGUAAACAAGGACAUUGUGUCAGGACUGAAAUACGUGCAGCACACUUACCGGACAGGGGUGAAGGUGGACAAAGCCACGUUCAUGGUUGGCAGCUAUGGGCCACGGCCAGAGGAGUACGAGUUCCUGACGCCGAUUGAGGAGGCCCCAAAGGGUAUGCUGGCCCGAGGCACCUACCACAACAAGUCCUUUUUCACGGAUGACGACAAGCACGACCAUCUUACUUGGGAGUGGAACCUGUCCAUCAAGAAGGAAUGGACUGAAUGAGUUCACCCUGUUUGCCUUCCCCCUUCCCGUCCCCCUGCCUCCUGCACCAGUCUCCAGGCGGGCCAUGCCUGCUGUGCUGCUCCCACUCCCGCCACCAUGGCUUGCGCAGCCCUCGUGGACCCUCCUGUGGGUGCAGGGGGCUCUGGGCCAGUCUUGGUUUGUGCACAGGCCUGUGGACGGCCUUGGCUGCAUCUUUCGGUACACUGAAAAUAACUGCUCACCCAGUCUCACCACUGCUCCAUCACGACACAUAAUGGGUUACAUUGGGAACCAUCUCCCUUUCCUGCUUCCAGUACUUUAUCCUGCUGCAUCUGUGUCCUCUUCUACACAAACUCCGGUCCCAGAAGUGCCUUUUCUA